AUAAAGACCAAAAAUUAAGAACGCAAUUCAAUUACCCUAAACCCAAAUAAUACAAAAAGGAUAAAGGUGUAUAUUUAGAUCUAUCGAAGGCCGGCUGUGAUUAUUCCUAACAUGGAAACGUUACAUCCUACAGCGAAAUUAAUGCAAGGACUGCAGUUUGCUGCCAGCAAGCAUCGUACACAACUGCGGAAAGAUAAUGAGACACCCUACAUAAAUCACCCUAUAAAUGUGGCAACAAUUCUCGCUGUGGAAGGUGGUAUCUCCGAUGAAAAUGUACUCAUUGCUGCUAUAUUGCAUGACACUGUUGAGGAUACCGACACCACAUUUGAAGAAAUCGAGCAACAUUUUGGCGAGGAAAUUUGUGAAAUUGUGCGUGAGGUCACUGACGAUAAGACAUUGGAGAAACAAGAACGAAAACGCUUGCAAAUCGAACAUGCGGCAAGUUCAAGUGAGAACGCCAAAUUAGUGAAAUUGGCGGAUAAGUUGGACAAUCUACGAGAUUUAGGCAGAAAAGCGCCAAUCGGUUGGACACCUGAGCGUCAAGAACAAUACUAUGUUUGGGCUAAGAAAGUGGUGGAUAAUAUGCGUGGUACAAACGCAGAGUUGGAGCGCAAAUUAGAUGAAAUUUUUAAAGCUAAAAAGCUACUUUAAAAUAUACUUUCCAAAUAGAUAUCGGUUUAAUUUAUUAAUUCUUAACUAUUUGUUGAAUCAAAUUUUAUUAUUAAUAACCGAACGCUUUUUACUAGAUACUGAAAUUGAUUCGAUUGUAUUACGUAAUUUAUUCCUACGUACCAUGUUAUGUACAUUUAUCUUUAGCUAAGUUUGUUUACAUUUUUAAGCCGCUUAUCAAUAUAAAAACGUAUAACGGAAGAAGACUUACGUUGAUAUCAUACUACCACACGUUGCUUUAAGGUCAGACAAUUUUACGAUUGAUAAAGAUAUAAGAGUAGCCACGUGCACUCUUAAAAAAUGCAGCGUAAUCUACUUAUGUGCGAAUUACUGACAGUGAAUUUUCCGUUGUAUCUAGAAAUUUUUAAUUUCACCCGUUAGCCAAGGGAAACUUUUAUGCUUUCAUAUCCACGGGUGUCUACACAUAUUCUUUAGUGGGCUGAAAUGUGUGUCAUGUAUUCAAUGCGUGCUUCUUUUGAUGUGCUGAACACAAUGAGCGCGACAGACUGCAAACGACAUCUGUCAAAUAUUAAAAUACACAAGU